AUGGCCCUUCGGAAGGGUUCGAGGGUAUGGUUGGAAGACAAGGAUUCAGCUUGGGUUGAAGCUGAAGUCUUUGGGUUUAUCGGCAAACAAGUUCAAGUUCUGACUUUAUCCGGGAAGAAGGUGUUGACGGCGCCGGAAAAAUUGCAGCCACGCGAUGGGGAGUCGGAUCUUGGGGGAGUGGAUGAUAUGACCAAAUUGACAUACUUGAAUGAGCCUGGUGUGCUUGAUAAUCUUCGGAGACGAUAUGCCCUUAAUGAAAUAUAUACAUACACGGGAAGCAUCUUGAUUGCAGUUAACCCAUUUACCAAGCUUCCCCAUCUAUAUAAUAUGCACAUGAUGGAGCAGUAUAAGGGGGCUCCAUUUGGUGAACUGAGCCCCCAUGUCUUUGCUGUGGCUGAUGCAUCUUACAGAGCAAUGAUGAGUGAAGGGCGUAGUCAAUCCAUUCUGGUCAGUGGUGAAAGUGGAGCUGGAAAAACCGAGACCACAAAGUUGAUAAUGCAAUAUCUUACAUAUGUGGGUGGUCGUGCUGCUGAAGACGACAGAACAGUUGAACAGCAAGUUUUGGAGUCAAACCCACUUUUGGAGGCAUUUGGCAAUGCAAGAACCGUUAGGAAUGAUAAUUCAAGUCGAUUUGGGAAGUUUGUCGAGAUCCAGUUUGAUGCAAAUGGUAGAAUUUCUGGAGCGGCAAUCAGAACAUACCUUCUUGAACGAUCUCGUGUUGUUCAGAUAACAGACCCUGAGAGAAACUACCACUGUUUCUACCAGUUAUGUGCUUCUGGCAUGGUAGGUUACAUUGAGGUGCACGUCAGUCCAAGUAUAUGCAAUAUGCUUUCCAGUAUUUUCGUUAAGUAUAUAUAUAUGGAAGCGAUAUUUCGAACCUUGGCUGGUAUUUUACAUCUUGGAAAUGUAGAGUUUUCUCCAGGAAAAGAGCAUGAUUCAUCAGUUAUCAAGGAUCAGAAAUCUAAUUUUCAUUUGCAGAUGGCCGCCAAUCUCUUUCGGUGUGAUGUUAGUCUUUUGCUAGCCACACUAACGACCCGCUCAAUUCAAACUCAUGAGGGGAUAAUUGUCAAAGCUCUUGAUUGUGGUGCUGCUGUAGCUGGACGGGAUACUCUGGCUAAAACUGUUUAUGCUCGGCUGUUUGACUGGCUAGUUGAGAAGAUUAACAGAUCAGUUGGACAAGAUCGCGAUUCUAAGAUACAAAUUGGAGUCCUUGACAUAUACGGAUUUGAAUGCUUUAGAUUGAAUAGUUUUGAGCAAUUCUGCAUCAAUUUCGCAAACGAGAAGCUUCAACAGCAUUUUAAUGAGCAUGUAUUUAAGAUGGAGCAGGAGGAAUAUCAAAGAGAAGAAAUCAAUUGGAGCUACAUUGAGUUUAUUGACAACCAAGAUGUUUUGGAUCUGAUAGAGAAGAGACCCAUAGGUAUAAUUGCUCUUCUAGAUGAAGCUUGCAUGUUCCCCAAAUCAACUCAUGAAACAUUUUCAAACAAGCUAUUCCGGAAUUUCCGCUCCCACCGGCGAUUAGAGAAAGCCAAAUUUUCUGAAACAGAUUUUAUUAUUUCUCACUAUGCUGGCAAGGUGAGCUAUCAGACAGAGACAUUCUUAGACAAAAACCGUGAUUAUGUUGUGGUUGAACAUUGCAAUUUAUUAGCUUCUUCCACAUGCCAUUUCAUAUCUGGCCUCUUUCCUCCUUUGCCUGAAGAAUCGGCUCGGUCAUCCUACAAGUUCUCAUCAGUGGCCUCUCGGUUUAAGCAACAACUUCAAGCUCUCAUGGAAACCCUUAGCUCAACAGAGCCUCACUAUGUUCGAUGUGUGAAGCCAAACUCAUUAAAUAAGCCUCACAGGUUUGAGACUCCAAGCAUCCUACACCAGUUGCGUUGUGGGGGUGUCUUAGAAGCGGUUCGUAUAAGUUUGGCAGGCUAUCCCACAAGGAAGACUUACCAUGAGUUUGUCGAUCGUUUUGGGAUAAUAGCCUUGGAUGUUUUUGAUACAAGUUAUGACGACAAAACUAUGACUGAGAUAAUAUUGCAGAGAUUGAACUUAGAGAACUUUCAGCUAGGAAAGAAUAAAGUCUUCCUAAGAGCAGGUCAGAUUGCUAUAUUAGAUUCCCGUCGAGCUGAGGUUUUGGAUUCUGCAGCCAAGCGAAUUCAGAGCCGUCUGCGGACAUUUGUUGCCCGCAAGGACUUCGUUGCAAGACGCUUUGCAACGUUGUCUCUACAAGCAUGUUGUAGAGGAUAUCUAGCAAGAAAUAAAUUUGCUGCCAUGCGUGAGACAGCUGCUGCCAUUGUAAUUCAGACUAAUUUCCGGCGCUGGUUCAUCUUGCGUGCAUAUAAGCAACUUCAUUUGGCUGCUGUUCUUAUUCAAUCUUGUAUCCAUGGUUUCUCGACUCGCCGGAUGUUUUCAUGUAGAAAAGAAGACAAAGCUGCCACUGUUAUCCAGGCUCGUUGGAGGAUGUUCAAAAUCCGCUCUUUGUAUCGUAAUCGUCAAAAUAAUAUUAUUGCUAUACAAUGUUUGUGGAGGCAAAAGUUGGCAAAAAGAGAACUUCGGAAGCUUAAGAAGGAGGCUAAUGAAGCUGGUGCAUUGCGUUUAGCAAAGAGCAAGCUUGAAAAACAACUGGAGGAUCUUACUUGGCGACUACAUCUGGAGAAAAAGAUACGGGUGUCCAAUGAGGAGGCUAAAUUAGUUGAAAUCUCAAAACUUCAGAAAACGGUGGAGUCUCUAACAUUGGAACUGGAGGCAGCCAGACUUGCCACCCUUAACGAGUUUAACAAGAACAGAGGGCUAGAAAGACAACUUGAAAUAUCAGCCAAGGAAAAAUCUGGUUUAGAAAGAGAUGUUAUUUCCUUGGCUGAACUGAGAAACGAAAACACACUGUUGAAGAGUUCCCUUAAUGCUUUAGAAGAAAAAAAUAAGAUGCUGGAGUCUGAAAUUGCCCAAACUAAAGAAGAUGCAAGCAAUACCAUGACUAAGUUGAGGGAUGUUGAAAAGACUUGUUUGCAGUACCAAUUGAAUUUGCGAAGUUUGGAAGAGAAGCUGUCAAAUCUGGAGAAGGAGAAUCAUAUUUCCCGACAGAAGACAUUGGAUAUAACUCCAAGGAUCAGUCGAGCCGGGUUUGAAUCACCUACUCCAUCCAAAUUAAUUACACCAAUAUCUCAAGGGUUUUCUGAUUCCCGCAGAACAAAGUCGGGGGUCGAUAGGCAUCAGGGUAAUUUUGAAGUCAUUUCACGUUGCAUUAAAGAGAAUUUGGGCUUCAAAGAUGCAAAGCCGGUGGCUGCUUGUGUUAUCUACAAAUGCCUCGUUCAUUGGCAUGCCUUUGAAUCGGAAAGGACUGCUAUAUUUGACUUUGUUAUUGAGAGCAUCAAUGGUGUUCUAAAGGAUGGUGAUGAGGAUGCUACUUUGCCUUACUGGUUGUCUAACACCUCUGCGCUUUUGUGCCUUCUCCAAAGAAAUCUGCGGAGCAAUGGGUUCUUGACUGCUGGUUCUCAGCGUUCGGGCCCGAAGUCGUCUUUCAAAUAUCGUGGUUUGGAUGAUGGUUUAUCCCAAAGCGAAGCUAAAUACCCGGCCCUGUUAUUCAAGCAACAGUUGACUGCUAGUGUAGAGAAAAUAUUUGGUUGGAUCAGGGAUAAUUUGAAGAAAGAAAUAUCUCCAUUGUUGGGACAAUGCAUUCAGGCACCGAAAAACCAGAGAGUUCAUGGUGGGAAGUCAUCUAGAUCACCCACUGGUGCCCCCCAGCAAUCACCGAGCAGUGAGUGGGAUAGCAUCAUCAAGUUCUUGGAUUCAUUCAUGAGUCGAUUACGGGGAAAUUACGUUCCUUCAUUUUUCAUCAGGAAGCUCACCACACAGGUCUUCUCCUUCAUCAAUAUACAAUUGUUUAACAGUCUUUUGCUUCGUCGUGAAUGCUGCACGUUUUCAAAUGGUGAAUACGUUAAAUCUGGUCUGGCGGAGCUGGAAAAAUGGAUAGUCAACGCAACAGAGGAGUUUGCAGGAACCUCUUGGCAUGAGCUAAAUUACAUUAGACAAGCGGUUGGGUUUUUGGUCAUACAUCAAAAGAGGAAGAAAUCUUUAGAAGAGAUAAGACAGGAUCUCUGUCCGAAAUUGACUGUAAGGCAAAUCUACCGGAUAAGCACAAUGUACUGGGAUGAUAAGUAUGGUACUCAGAGUGUGUCAAAUGAGGUUGUGUCUCAGAUGAGGGAGAUUGUAAAUAAGGACUCCCAGAAUUUAUCGUCAUCAAACUCGUUCUUAUUGGAUGAUGACCUUAGCAUCCCCUUCUCCACUGAAGAUGUAUAUAUGGCAAUCCCUGCAAUAGACCCUUCAGAUAUGGAACUUCCUCAAUUCUUCUCUGAAUAUCCAUCUGCACAGCAAUUGCUGCAGAAUUUGAAGUAA